AUGAAAGUCAUUGCCUUGUUUGCAACAUUAGCUUCAAAGAAAAACGACCCUUUUAACAAAUUAUCAGAUGAAAUAUGGCUAAAAAUAUUUAUUGAACUUUCAGUUUCAACGAUAUGUCUUUGUAGAAGGGUAUCGAAAAAUUGGUAUAGACUUUCAUUAGACGAUAUGAUAUGGCAACAUCAUAGCCGAUUACUAUUCUUGCCUGAUUCUCUGCCACCAAGAACAAGAUCAACCAAAAAUAGUUGGGAAAGGUUCUAUAGGUUACAAAUUAAUUGGUUGAAAGGAUCUGCCACAAAAGUAAUGAGUUUUAGAGCUCAUAACAACAGUAUAACAACUUUGAAAUUAAGAGGUGAUAUUUUAAUCACGGGAUCAAAUAAUCAUAUAUGUGUUUGGGAUAUGAGAACUGGUAAACGUAAAAGAACCAUUGAUGUUGGAGUGGCCAUCAAUUGUGUUGAUUUUUCUGAACAAAAAGAUAUAAUUGUUUGUGGUCCAUGUUUUGGUGAAUUUGGAUACAAAAUAUUUUCACUUUCUAAUGGAGAGCUUCUUGGUAAAUUCACUGAUAAUCAUAAUCAAGUUGGAACUCAAUGUAUUUCCAUGAAUGAAGAACUUAUUGCAUUGGGUACACAUAAAGGAAUCAUUCAUGUACUUUCAUUGGCAGAUGAAAGAAAAAUUGCACAAUUUGAAGUAUUUAAUGAUCGGCAGAUUGCAGGGAUUCAACUUGUUGGUAAUAACAUGGUAAUUUCAGUUUCAUCAAUAAAUGGAAUUAUUGAAGUUUUUAAUGUGAAAACUCAUGAAUGUAUUCACAAAUCCACCAUCCUAAAAACAUCGAUUAGUUCAUGUACAAUUGAUUAUUACAGUGAUGCUAAAUGUGAUAUAUUAUGCAUUGCACCACAAGGAUCAGUUUUUCAUUUAAGAUGGGAUUUUAAUAUGACAUCAUCAACGACAAAUUUGAUGGAAAAUGAAGAUGGUGACGAGGAAGAAAAAUUAAGAGGAAUAUUUUCAAAGGAACCAAAGAUACUUUAUAAAAAUGAAGAUUUUCUACACAAAAUAUUAUGUGUUGGAAUCGAUUCUAAAUACAAUCAUGGAAUAAUUGGAUCUUUACUUUCUUAUCCUGCAAAAAGUAAAUUAUUGAUUUAUAAUCCAAAUAAAGGACCUUAUGACAUGGAUAAUAGUAUUAUAAAAUCUUUAACCCCAUCACCUUCUCCGUCUCUUUCUCCAUCACUUUCAUCUAAUAACAGUAGUUAUAGUUCUAAUUUUUUAUUAUCAUCACCAGAUACUUCACCAUCUGUCGUUACUAGUACAUCUUUGGAAAAUAUAAUAAAUACAGUAUUUGUUGCAUUAAGCAUUGACGAGGAAAGAAUCGUGGCUGGAUUGGUUGUUGAAUGUGAUGGUGAUGGAAAUGUCGUAAUUGAAGAUGCCGGUCAUAAAUUGAUUGACGACCAAAAUCAAUUAUCUUUAAAAAUGAAGGAUGGUUAA